UUUUAUUCUUCUUUCUUUAAUAUAAUCCAAUUCGUCUCUCUUUCUUUUACCUCUCUCUCUCUCUCUCUCUCUCUCUUCCACACACCUCCCAACUAAUUCACUUAAUUUAAUCCAUACACAGACCACCUACAUUAUAUUACAUACAUGUUCGUACCCACUCUAUUUGAUUCCAUGAAAUAUAUAUUCUCUCCUCCAUUUAGAAGCAAACAAGUUCAUAGCUUUUUCCAACUUUCCCUCCCUUUUAGUUCCUUGAUUUCUGUGUUGUGUGUCGCUAUUAACUCAAGAUCUAUCUCAAAUGGGUGUUUCCCAAAUCGAUUCACAACACCCACUUCCCGUUUCGUCAUCUUUAGCCACAAUCACCGCUUCCACCACCGCUAAUUUUGAAGACGAUGAUGAAAUUUACCGCUACAAUGACGACGGCGACCGGAAAUUCAAGAACUUUCUUCACAAAAUGAUUUGGGAUUUUGGGUUUGUUUGUUUUUUCCCAACAGUUUCGAAGAAGAAAGAUGAAAUGAAGAAGAAAAUGGCGAACAAUUUGGAGCAUAACAAGGCCUGGCUUCUUGCUGAGUCCGGUGGGUGUGUUGCUGAGUUAGCAAAUGCCGAACCUCACUCGGUUCACUCGUCGUUUAGAUUCAGUCUCUGUUCGCAAAUUGAGCUUGAAUCUAUGAGCGUCAAUUCGUCAUCUGCUACAGUUUUAAUGGUGAAUUUGGACAAUGGGUUAAUGGAACCAAAAUCCCAAGAACUUAAGUGGAGACGAAUUGAAUCUUUAGAGAGAAGUAUUUCACCUGUUGCACAUACCUUAGUUAGAUUCAGCUAUGGCGAAAUCCUUUCAGCCACUCGCAAUUUCUCUAAAGGGAGGGUUUUGGGAAGAGGUGCAUUGAGCUACGUGUUCAAGGGCAGAAUUGGAAUUUUGAGGACAACUGUAGCAAUCAAGAAACUAGACAAAGAAGAUAAAGAAGCUCCGAAGGCGUUUUGUAGAGAACUUAUGAUCGCAAGUUCUCUUCACAACCCAUUUAUCGUCCCCCUCGUGGGUUUUUGCAUCGAUCCUGAAGAGGGUUUGUUUUUAAUUUACAAAUAUGUUUCGGGUGGAAGCUUAGAACGAUAUCUUCGAGAGACGAGAAAGGGUAAAAAUGGCGGAUCGAAACUUCCAUGGUCGGUUAGGUAUAAAGUUGCUAGAGGAGUUGCGGAGGCUGUGAGGUAUUUGCAUAAUGGAACUGAAAGAUGUGUGGUUCAUAGAGAUAUUAAGCCUUCCAACAUCCUUCUUUCUUCAAGAAAAUCACCUAAGUUAUGUGAUUUCGGAUUAGCUACAUGGACUUCUGCUCCCUCGGUUCCUUUUCUUUGCAAAACCGUGAAAGGGACAUUCGGGUAUUUGGCUCCCGAAUAUUUUCAACACGGGAAAGUUUCCGAUAAAACCGAUGUUUAUGCAUUUGGAGUUGUUCUUUUGGAGUUGAUAACGGGUCGUAAGCCGAUUGAAUCAAGAAGAGGAGUUGGAGAAGAGAACUUGGUUUUGUGGGCGAAACCAUUAAUACAACAAGGAUCCAUAGAGAAACUACUCGAUCCACGUGUCGAAUUCACUCAAAAAAACUUGGGCCAAAUAACCCGAAUGAUAGAAGCAGCGGACGCGUGUAUAAACAAUGAAGAAUCAAAAAGACCAAAUAUUGACACAAUCAUAUCUAUCUUGAAUGGAAUCGAAGCAAAUUUACCAAAAAGGACGAAACCCGGAAAUAGUUUAUCAGAAGGGUACCCACAAAUUCGACAAACAAAGAGUGAAAUGAAGUCUCAUUUAGCUUUGGCAAUGCUUGGUGUUUCAGAAUUGGAAGAUAGCCAUGAUCAUUUAUAUUGUCGUUGAUGGAAAUCGGUUUUUUGUUUGAAUAUAACCCAAGAGUACAGAAAUUGAAGGUUUUAAAAAGGAUGAAUGAGAGAAUUUGUAUAUAGAUCUUGUAGUUGGAAAAAGAAAAAAAAAAUAACUAAUUUAUAUGUUUGCAAAUGGAGAUUAUCAUGGUCAUAUCAUCAUAUGCCUUUAUUUGAGAGGCUUGUUAUGACAUGGUUUUUUCUUUGUUAUUUUGUUGGGAAAAAUAUGUUUGUUUGAAUAAUAUGUUAUCGAUUAAGUUAAAGUUUUGGUUCA